CCCCUGCGUCCUGAUUGUUUUGCGCUCAAGGUGGAGUUGUCUGCCACAUCACAUCUAAUUGCUGCCGCUACAGCGCGCAGUGCUGAUGCUGUUGCCCUGAACAGAACAAGCUGCUGAGAGCAGGAAGCGGCUGAACAACAACGGAAGCGAGAGCGUUUCGCAUCUCGGGACAAUUUCACUCCUACAUAGAGAAGAGAGGUGUCGAAGAACAUGCGUCCAACGCGCAGCUCCGAUUCACAGAGAUAGUUUUGAAAUCUUGAGAGAUGUCUCGCAAGAAGGCUGUCAAAGGAAAAGCCGCAAGCAGCAGCCCGUCUGCAGGCAGCCCCACCGGGAAAGGGACCGGGAAAGCUGCGAGGAGCAGCCCGGGCUUUGUUCAGAUGAACGGUGUGGUCCAUCCCAGCAGACCCUCCAUAAGCAACAGCAGCGAGUUUUAUGACAUCGCUUUCAAGGUGAUGCUGGUUGGAGACUCUGGUGUAGGAAAAACCUGUCUGCUGGUGCGUUUCAAAGAUGGAGCAUUCUUGGCUGGCAGCUUCAUUUCCACUGUGGGCAUCGACUUUAGGACUCCACCUCUGACCUGCACGAGAAACUGCGUAUCCACUUGGUUAAGCUUCACUCUGCUUUGUGGUAGAGCAGAUCGAAGCCGAGAUCAGAGGAACGUCUCUGCAAAGAUGGAGAGACGGAGAGAGAAUAAAGUCCUGAACAUUGAUGGAGUCAAGGUGAAGCUCCAGAUCUGGGACACAGCCGGACAGGAGCGGUUCCGUAGUGUCACUCAUGCCUACUACCGUGACGCCCAUGCUCUGCUUCUGCUGUAUGAUGUCACCAACAAAACAUCAUUUGACAACAUACAGGCAUGGCUGACUGAGAUCCACGAGUACGCCCAACAGGAUGUGGUGCUCAUGCUGCUUGGAAACAAGGCUGAUGCCACUCAUGACAGGGUGGUGAAGAGAGAGGAUGGCGAGAGGCUUGCUAAGGAGUUUGGAGUUCCCUUCAUGGAGACAAGUGCCAGGUCAGGUCUCAAUGUAGAGCUGGCUUUCACUGCUGUGGCUAAGGAGCUGAAACGCCGGUCUAUGAAGGAUCCCAAUGAGAAGUUUAAGCUCCAGGAGUACGUAAACAAGGAGAUGAAGGGCACUGGCUGCUGCAGGUCUUAAAGCCUGCCUAUCACUCUCUGGGCGUGCGUUAGUAUGUGUGUAUUUGUGUGUGUUUGAGUAUGUGGACAUGGAAAGCAACUUGUAACACUCAUCUUCGUACGGUAUGUUUUUGUACCUGGCCUAAACAGAGAGGAGGAGUCAGCUCCAGCGAGGUAUAAGCCUUUUUGUCCUUCUGUUUCUCCAUUCUCAUACAUCUCUGUCUCAGUACACAUAACACUCCAUUUGUUUUCCUUUACAAACCUCACGGCCCUCCUCUAUCUUGUGUGUCCUACUUUUCCUCACUCACCUCCUUUUUGCAGCUGUGAAUGUGCCCUCAGAUUUCAAUUGGUAAAAGAGAAAAUAAAGCUCUGCACACGUCCAUUAUUACCCUAUUCAUGGACAUUCUCUCCCAUAACUGUAGCUGUAUGAUUGAUUAUCUUUCAACCCAAACACUAGCAAAUACCUUUGCAUUGUCUUGGGAGGUCGGUCAUUCCUCACAUCCACUUGAAAUGUCUGUGAAAGUUGUCAUUUUGUUUGAGUGUUCUCUUCUUGGUCAACGUGUGGAUGAUAUUUCAUGUACUUGCUGUAUAGUGAUGUGUCUUCUGUCCAGUGUUCAUGUCAGUAAUUCAACAGGCUCUUUGGAGCCAGUUUAGCUCACCAGCAUAAACUCAAUCUAAGCAUGUCCAUGAUUCAGCUGUGGAUAUUUGGGAAUAUGUAUUUCUUCUUCUACAUAAAAGUAAAUGGAUGUUGCUGUUUUGUAUAUAAAGAUAUGAAGAACUGAA